GGAGUCUCUGGAAGUUAAUAAUCUAAUGAAAUCGCGCUCGGCCCGAUCAUUGUAAUCAAUGUCAUUAUUUCCCGAAGUAUGAAAUAUAAAGCUCGGGGCCCUGGCUUCCACGAGUGUUGCAUGUGUUGAUCAACACUUACUUAUCUUGUUGUGGAUGAGGUCAUGUAUAACGACAUCUAAUGUAAGUGUUCCUUCAUAUUUUCUUCUAGUAUCUGGUUGUCAACUUUGCAGGAAGGAGUUAACACUUGUUAUCCGGUAGGAAUAUUGAUUGGUUGCCGAAAGUCUCUCGCCGCUUCGCCAAAAUAGCAAGGAGAGAAUCUAGUGCCCAGUUUGUAGCUUGACCGCCUUAUUCUUUGGGUGUAUCUACAUCAUUCCUGCAUAUGUAGCAUAUGCAGAAGUAAUGAGUAAAUUCGAUUUGUUUAAGUGCAUCUCGUUGUUGAUGUAUGUAUCGCAAACGUACUUAGCGGUCAAGAAUGAAAAUGAUGUUAAACCACGCGGAUUCCCGAAUCAUGUCGAACAGCAUCGAAUGCUUUGUCACAAAUCCUUGUGUAGUCCCUUCAAUGCCAGAACCAUUAUUCGAGAUGGAUAGCAACGCUUUCAGUGUCGUCAAUCCACCAGUUGCGAAAGGCUGGGAGCAAAAUUUUGAAAGCUUUCGAGAUUAUAAACACUUUCCGCUGUUUCAAAACGAAAGUGGCGAUAUCUGUCAAGAUACGACACCACUUUCUGGGAAUCAGGGAGGAAAUAACUAUUCACCAAAAACACCAACGCAUACAGUAUUACAUCCACAACGGCGUCCAUCCAAAUCGCAUUAUUAUUCCAUCCCCUUACAUCCAGCGCCCAACAUGGUGCAAGAUUAUGGAUCAGAUUCAACACUUGGGGUGGGUUACACCCAGAUGGGUAUAGACCAGGGCCGGGGAAGUUUUACAGCUUUCCAAAAUUGCACGAGUACGACGCCAUUUUCAAUGGCACACACAUCUUUUCCCGGCAAUGAUUCAACCACCUAUCGUUUCAGCAAUGACAACAUAACUCCAAGGAUGGACUACAAUGACCCUCACAAGUCCAAUACAGACAGACUCGAUACAUACGAGUCUCUUGCGACAGGUUCUGCCACGCACGACGGCAUAUUGGAUGAUUGGUGGUCGAAUGAGAAUGGCAACUUGAUGAAUAAGACCAAUGGCCAUUCAAAUGGGAUAGUAGCAUCGUAUAGCAUUCCAAUCUUUCCUGAUGGCCUUCCUAGACCACAGAUUGAGCAGCUAGAUAAUUUCGAGGAUAGUUGGAAUCAUUGGUGGGUAACAGAGAGUGAAUGGACACCAGCCCCAUUCGUUCCGAGUACGAUCAAACCCAGAGCGUUGAACCUUAAUUCAUCGUUUACUUCAACUGCCUCCAUCACCACCAGGGCAUCGAGGCAAGCCUCGGCAUUUUCACCAGAGUCAACUGUUGUGACAAGUACUCCAGACUAUACCCCAAGUACUUCCCCAGCCAAAGAGUUGUCUAAAGAGCACAUCACUCAAUCACGCUCUCGACACAUGCUCCCAAGUUCGAGACCGGUCAGAAAUAAUGAUAUAAUUGCAGAUGGGUUCGACGAAGAUGGGACGGCCACAGACAGGCUGGUAGAAAAUCGGCGCCCAAGUGUUAGCACUCCCAUUAGUGCAAUUGGAAACACUCGAAGUCAUAAAAUCAUCAAAAAUGACUUUGACAUCAAGCAUUCCAAUGUACUGCUUACGCCCAAAAAUAAUCUCCUUGAUGGUAAAUCAUCUUCAGCGAUCGGGAACGCACCACUUGCUAAUCGAUUUGAACAAAACAACUUUUUGAUUAGCUCAAGACAAGCGGGUAUGUCCUAUAAGGCAAUUCGAUCCAAUGGAAAUUUCACCGCUGCCGAAUCCACACUCAGGGGUCGAUUUCGAACGUUAACCAAAGAUAAGAAAGAUCGAGUUAGACAGCCGAAAUGGACAGAAAACGAUAUACAAUUGUUGAGCAAUGCGGUGAAAAAGCUUGGGCGCAGCACAAACAGUAGUUCAGAGCCACAAUGGAAAAAAGUCGCUCAGUAUAUCUAUGAUAAUGGAGGAUCAUAUCAUUUUGGUUAUGCCACUUGUCGGAAACGGUGGAUUACGCUUAAGAAUGUUGAUAAGUAGGUAUGAGAUUGUGCCAGCAUUUGAAAAGGGGAUUAUCAAAGCCUAAGAUAUAAUUCAUGUCAUUUCAGAUAGGAUGGUUAUCUAGUUAGCGAGAGACAUAACAAAUUCGUGAAUCGGCGGGUUUAGAUAACCA